CUGUGUGGGCUUGGAUUAGCUUCUCUUCCUCCGGCGUCGGCCAAUGGAGUACGUACGUUGCUUCAUCCCUCCGAUGAAAUAGGUAUGCUAUAAGUAGACAGCAUAGACGAGAUCCAUCCAUUGGUUCUCCUUGCUCUGUUUGCCCUCCUUCCUCCUCCUCGGAACCCCGGGAGGUCUCGGGAGGCCACUGGGGAGCGUCAAGAUGAACGAAAAGGCGUCCGUCUCCAAAGAACUCAAUGAAAAACACGGAAAGGUAUUGGAGGGGCUUCUCAAAUUGCCAGAGAAUAGGGAAUGUGCUGAUUGCAAGUCCAAAGGUCCACGAUGGGCAAGUGUUAAUCUGGGAAUUUUUAUAUGUCUGCAAUGUUCUGGAAUCCAUAGAAGCUUGGGGGUACAUAUAUCAAAGCUUACUUCUAAUACAGGUAAGGUCAGCAACAUUGGACACUUGGCUACCAGAGCAGGUUGCUUUUAUUCAAACAAUGGGAAAUGAGAAGGCAAAUAGCUACUGGGAAGCCAAACUGCCUCCAAACUAUGACCGAGUUGAGAUUGAGAAUUUUAUUCGUGCCAAAUACAAAGAAAAAAGGUGGGCAUCUCAGGAUAACAGAUUUAAAUCACCUUCAAAGGCCCAAGAAGAAAUGGAUCCUGAAAACAAGCAAAAAUCCAGUGAUACAGGGAGAGAGAAUAUUAACUUUGUGAAAUCUUUGGACAAGAAGGAUAAUACACCGCUGAGUACAAGGAAAGAUAAUCGUGUGAUUCCUAAAGUACCCGUCCGGGUACCCUCUGAGUCAAAGUUGGAAACAGGGAGAACACAAGUAGUAUCUCCAGAGGUAGCUCCUGCUAGAGUUACUGCCACAACAACCACUCCAUCAAAAGUUGAACGCACCGGUGAUCUCUUGAACAUGCUUUCCGUGGAUGGUCCAUGCGAAAAUGGGCCAGAAUCAUCUUCAUUCGAUACUAAUGCAUGGGUAAAAUUUGAGUCUGAAGAACUAACCAGUGCCUCACAGAAGAACACCACAGCAUCUGUUGAUUGCAAGAAUGCAAUUACAGGAGCUGAGGACCUAUUUAAGGAUUCAUCUCUGUUGCAGUCUUCGACUCAAAAGAAACACCAGACAAAUAAAAAUGGUAUCAUGUGCCCGUUUGAUAAGUGUGAUGGUUCACAGUCCAGUAUGGUAUCUCCAUUUGGGCUUCAUCAACAACAGCAGGUGUUCCUUUCCCAGCAGAAAGAUUUUCCUAUGGCUGCCGACAAAUUUGACGAUACACCUCCAGUAUUUACUAGAGGAACUCAUCAACGAAGUGUUAGUGAUUCAAUCACAAUGCAAGGAUACACUACAGCACAAAGUUGGGCAAACUUUAGUCAUCAGGUUCCAGGGAACGUGCCACUAGCUGCGCAGCUGUAUUCCAAUAACUCAAGAGAGCAGAUGGGAAGUGUCACUUGCCCCCACCCAUCUGGAAGCUAUGGCCCUGUCACUGCAUCUGGUCUGCAUGCUCAGGGGUCCAUUGCAUCUGUGAAUGAGGCAACUGCUGCUGGUGGUGGAGUAAAUAAGCCCCAUACAUCUUUCCGAUCUACUGCUAGUACCCGUUCACUUGGGGAUUUUGAUUUCUCAUCAUUAACUGAAGGCAUGUUUUCAAAACAUUGAGCAACAGAAUGCUGAUCUCAGAUCGUCUCGGAUGUCUCCUUCCCAUAUGUUAUUCUUUAUUUUCUCUGAAAAGAAAAAAAAGAUUGAAAUACAUGUCCUAACUUCCAUUCUCAAACCAGUCUGAUAGUUCUUUGAUGCUGUAAUGUUAUGUGUAAAUUUAAAUGCCAAUAAUUAAUAAAGGUUACAGAUUUCUGAGCUUCAA